UGUGUCAGUAGCAGUGUGUGCGAGUCAGUUCGACACUCAGUAAUUUCAGCUCCUCCAUUAGGAAUACUUUAAACUAGCAGCACACACACAUACACGAGGAAUUUAAUGAGUGUCUCCACAUCAGCCCUGCUCCACAUCACUGCAGCAUAGAGGACAAACACUCGGUCACAGGCUGUUUCCAUCAUGAUGUCAGUGAAGGCAGAGGGAGCCCAGCAGAAAUGGGCCGCAGUGAGGGGUCGUCUGGGCUCGUCUCAGGACUCAGACGGCCCUCAGGAGGCCAAUCUGGAGAAUGCAGACGCUGAGCUGUGCAUACGCCUGCUGCAGGUGCCCUCGGUGGUGAACUACUCAGGCCUGCGGAAGCGUCUGGAGGGCAGCGAGCAGGCCUGGAUGGUGCAGUUUCUGGAGCUGUCGGGUCUGGAUCUGCUUCUGGAGGCUCUGGAUCGGCUGUCGGGACGCGGAUGCUCUCGAAUCGCAGACGCUCUGCUGCAACUCACCUGCGUCAGCUGCGUCAGAGCUGUCAUGAACUCAUCUGCUGGCAUUCACUUCAUCGUGGACAAUGAGGGAUACGUGCGCAAGCUAUCGCAGGCUUUGGAUACGUCCAAUACGAUGGUGAAAAAGCAGGUGUUUGAGCUGCUGGCGGCCCUCAGCAUGUUCUCCUCCGAGGGACACAGACUCGCUCUGGAUGCCCUGGAGCACUACAAGUGUGUGAAGACGCAGCAGUAUCGCUUCAGUGUGAUCAUGAAUGAGCUUCAAUCCACUGAUAAUGUGCCUUACAUGGUGACUCUUCUGAGUGUCAUAAACGCCCUGAUCUUCAGCGCCGACGGCCUGCAGCAGAGAGACAAGAUGCGCAAGGAGUUCAUUGGAUUACAGCUACUGCAACUACUGUCAAAGCUAAGAGAAGAGGAUGAUGAAGACUUGAUCAUCCAGUGUGAGGCGUUUGAAGAGGCCAUGGCUGAGGAUGAGGACGAGCUGCUGAGGCUCUAUGGAGGAAUUGACAUGAGUAACCAUCAGGAGGUCUUUACCGCACUAUUUAAUAAGGUGAGCAGCUUUCCCACGUCUCUGCAGUUGUUGUCAGUCCUGCAGGCGCUGCUCCUCCUGGGUCCAGAAAGAUCUGAUAUCUGGCAGGCGCUGGAGUCGCUCACGAACAGAGCCAUACUGAUCGCUCAGAGCUCUGAGAUGGAUUCGUGUGAGAAGAUCCUGCAGCGUCUGGUCUUCGCUAAGGAAUCCUCUAAAGGCUCUAAUGAGGUCGACAAUUUUCAGCUCAAAAGAAAGAAUCAAGCCAUUCAGACCGAGGCCAAAGACGAGAAACUGGCCUGUUCUUGUGGAUCAGCCAAAAAAGAACCACCCCGCACCUCCACAAACACCACCUCUACUCCUCCUCCACCACCUUCUCCUUCAAGCAGGAUUCCUGCUGGAACUCCACCUCCACCACCACCGCUUUUACCUGGAGCAGGGAUGCCUGCACCUCCACCACCACCACCUCCCCCACCUCCUCUACCUGGAUUGGGAGCUGCUUCUCCUUUCCCAGGAUUUGGAGCACCACCUCCUCCACCUCCUCUCCCAGGAUUUGGAGCUCCGCCUCCUCCACCUCCUUUUCCUGGAUUUGGAGCUCCACCUCCUCCACCUCCUCUCCCAGGAUUUGGAGCUCCACCUCCUCCACCUUCUUUUCUUGGAUUUGGAGCUCCACCUCCUCCACCUCCUCUUCCAGGAUUUGGAGCUCCGCCUCCUCCUCCGCUGCCUGGAUUUGGAGCUCCACCUCCUCCACCUCCUCUGCCUGGUAUGGGAGGUCCGCCUCCAGCAUUUGGAGCUCCGCCUCCUCCUCCACUGCCUGGUAUGGGAGCUCCGCCUCCUCUUCCUCCCCCUGGUAUGGGUGAUGUGAUCGUGGCCCAGAGGUUUCACCCGGUCGGUCAUUACUCCAGCGCUCCUGUGAGAAGCGGCCCCUACCCAACACUCAGGAUGAAGAAGCUCAACUGGCAGAAGCUCAAUUCCAGAGCGGUUACUGAUGGUCCAUCGAUGUGGGCGUCGGUUCCGAGCGAGUCUCCUCUGGAGCCAAACUACAGCAGCAUCGAGCAGCUCUUCUGUCUGCCUGUGUCUGAACCCAAAGACAAGAGUCCAGCUGCACCGCUCAAGAAGGAGCCUAAAGAGAUUUCUUUUAUUGACGCCAAGAAAAAUCUGAACCUGAACAUCUUCCUGAAGCAGUUUCGAUGCUCCAAUGAAGAUUUUGUGGCGAUGGUGCAGAAAGGAGAUUGUUCAAAGUUUGAUGUCGAGUCCUUGAAACAGCUUCUGAAACUGCUUCCAGAAAAACACGAGAUUGACAACCUGAAAUCUUUUCAAGGAGAACAGGACAAACUGGCGAAUGUUGACCGAUUGUACCUCCUGCUGCUGGCUCUACCCUGUUACCAGUUGAGGAUUGAAUGCAUGUUAUUGUGUGAGGAGACUCUGUCUGUUCUUGACAUCCUGAAGCCGAAAGUUGAGCUGGUGGAAACGGCCUGUGAAAGUCUCAGGCAAAGUUCACUGCUGCCCAGUUUCUGCAAGCUCAUUCUAGAUGUGGGAAACUUCCUCAACUAUGGAAGUCACACUGGAAAUGCGGAUGGAUUCAAGAUUGGUUCCCUGCUGAAACUCACUGAAACCAAAGCAAACAAGAGUCGCAUCACUCUCUUACAUCACAUCCUAGAGGAAGCUGAAUUGAAUCAUCCAGAGCUGCUGAAUCUUCCAGACGAGAUUGCGCCGUGUGAGAAAGCUGCAGGCAUAAACCUGGACUCUAUUCAGGCAGAAAUCGGUAAUCUUCUGAAGAGACUCAAAGAUGCAGAGAAGAAAGUGUCUUCAUCAGUGCCGGACAUCAAGGAGCAGUUUUUAGGAGUCAUAGAGUCGAAGCGGUGUUCGUGUGAGUCUCUAGAGCAGCGUUUCUCCAUCAUGGACAGCAGGAGAGGAGCUCUGGCUCAGUAUCUGUGUGAAGACGCUGCUCAGCUCUCACUGGACGAACUCUUCAGCACCAUCAAGACCUUCCGGGAGCUUUUCAUCAGAGCGCUCAAGGAGAACCGUGUUCGUAAAGAGCAGGCGGCGAAAGCGGAGAAGAGGAAGCAGCAGCUGGCGGAGGAGGAAUCCAAGAGGCAGAAAGGAGAAGAUGGAAAGAUAAUUAGGCGGGGGCCGGUGCCACAGGACGACGGCUGCAUCAUCGAUCAGCUCCUUGCCGACAUCCGGAAGGGUUUCCAUCUGAGAAAGACUCGUCCCAGGUGCGAAAAGGAAAGUCCCUGUAGAGCAAAGCAGAGUAGAGAUGCUGAAGCGUCCGCAGCAAGUGUGAAGUCUGCCGGAGGAGAAGCUGGUUCGUCUGCAGUCGGAGAGUCGCCAGCCCCGGAUUGUACUCCAGAAGAUCCAGACAAAGGUUCCGGCAUCAAUCCCACAGGUGAAGACACUUUAUCGGGAAAUGCUGAGUUGAGAAAUCCUGCUCCAGGCAAAAGGGAAACUGAAAUCAGAGCUGAAAUCACAACUGAAAACAAAUCUGAAGUCACCAAGGGAAUCAACUCUAAAAUCAAAUCGGAAAUCAGCAUUAAAAAUGAGUCUGAUAUUGCCACGGAAAUCAAUUCUGAAAUCGGCAAAAAAAUCAAUUCUAAAGUCACCAAGGAAAUCAACUCUGAAAUCACAUCGAAAAUCAACUCUGAAAUCAAUUCUGAAAUCAGCACUAAAAACAAGUCUAAAAUUGCCACUGAAAUCAACUCUGAAAUCACCAAGGAAAUAAUUUCUGAAAUUGCGACGGAAAUCAACUUUGAAAUCGCCAACGAAAGGAACUCUGAAAUCACAUCAGAAAUCAACUCUGAAAUCACCAAGAAAAUCAACUCUGACAUGGCCACAAAAUUCAACUCUCAAUUCCCCACUGAAAUCAACUCCGAAAUCAACUCUGGAAUCACCAAAGAAAUCAACUUUGAAAUCAUCAAGGAAUUCAAGCCUGAAAUCGCCACAGAAAUCAACUCUGGAAUCGCCAAGGAAGUCAACUCCGAAAUCGCCACUGAAAUCAACUCCACCGUCAUGAAUUCACCACUGAAAUCUUCAUCUCAGGAAGAAAACCCAAAGCUCAGUGACCUUACAAACACAGAUCUACAUCACAAUCACAAUGGAAACAACAUCAGGUCUAGUUCAACUGCCGAGCCUGUAAACACUGCCUCUAGUGGCUCAGAAGUGAACAGCGGCUGUGAAAAGAGUGACUCUAUGAAGAUUAAAACCCAGUGUUUUGAUGAUCCGCUGCAGUCGACGGAUGAUCAGCCAAUAGCAGACGUGCCUGACGGAGUGAUGUCACAGACCACGCCCCCUCUGGAUGUUGACCACACCCCCCUUAAAGCCCCUGAAACUAAAAAACCUUUCUUCCAGAGAAGCAGCAAAAAAGGCAGUAAUGAAGUAGAGAGAAACAGAGCCGCUGGACGCUCUAAAAAGGCCUGUGUGUUGCAGUGAAGGAAACUCUAGAAAAAGAAGAACCAAAGGCAGAAGGAAAAGUUGAGGACGUUCCUGCUGUGAUCAGGCUUUGGAUCUGAAGAAUAACACACACACGCACACACACACUGAGUUUGGCUUAAAGAAAUGUAUUUUUAAAUGCUAAAUCUUUGAAUUUGACCAAACUGUUUUUAAAUAUUCGCACAUUGGGAAAUAUGUGCAUACAGAAUGUUGUUUACAGAAGAGUAUAAUCUGGCUGAUCAUGGAUUGUUGCCAAAACCUUUAACAUAACUCGCUGUUAACUCUAUUACUAUUGCUCUGAAUGUAACUUUAAGAUGUUUGACAUUAACCUUAAGGAGUAUUAGUUUGUUCUUAUAUCAGUUCUAGAAUAUGACUAUAAUGAUGUUUCUUUGCAGAAAUGUAUGUUAUAUUUUGCGCUUGCUGUGGAUGAGCUGGAUCUUCAUUUGAGUGUGACUUUCAUAUUGAUGUCGUUAUGUAUUUUAAUGUAUAUCAAGGAAAUAUCUAAAUUAUAUAUAUAUAGAUAUAUAAAUCUAUAAAUAAAAGUGCAUUCAGCGUUGAGGUUUGUUUUUUAAUAUCAUACUCUCAGGUUUAUUACUGUUUAAUAUGAGUGGUGCUGUAGUUUCUUAAAUUGUGCCUAAUCAUGGCUCAUUUCUAAACUCUGCCCCCCAUAUGUGACAACCAAUCACAAGUCUGACUGACAGGUAGAUGGCGCUCUGCUUUUUUGGUUACAAAAUAUAAACUGUUCAUUCAUUCAUUUUCCUUCAGCUUAGUCCCUUUAUUUAUCAGGGGUCGCCACAGCCAAAUGAACCGCCAACUAUUCCAGCAUAUGUUUUACACAGCAGAUGCUCUUCCAGCUGUAACCCAGUACUGGGAAACACCCAUACACACAUUUAAACACACAAACUCAUACACUAUGGCCAGUUUAGUUCAUCAGUUCCCCUAUAAUGUAUGUGUUUGGACUGUGGGGGAAACCGGAGCACCUGGAGGAAACCCACGUCAACACGGGGAGAACAUGCAAACUCCACACAGAAAUGAUCACUGGCCCAGCCGGUACUCGAACCAGUGACCUUCUUGCUGUGAGGCGACAGUGCUUACCACUGAUCCACUGUUUCACCCUAUUAUAAACUAUUUUAUUAUAAAAUACUUCACAUAAUAUGAUCCUUAUUGAACAUGCCCGUGAAAAUAACUGGGUUGUGGCACUGUGUAAAAAUAUACAAAUAAAUGUCAAAUUAAACUCAGCUUCUAUUAAAUAAUUUCCUCAUUUUCUUGCUCCUGUUCAUUUGGAGGUUUUGGGUGUUUUAACUUUUCAAGAAGUGAUUUUUUUUCCCCACAGUCUGAUGUAGAAAACAUCCAAAAUACACUUUUAAGUGUUUAUUUAUUUAUUUUACCUGCACUUGCAUGGACCAAACUU